AUGAGCUGGAAAGCAAUCUCUUUUUUCACCGGGUCCUUAAACCUGGAGGACGAGGUGAAGGUGCUGGGCGACUACGUCGUGGGCCAUCGCCUCGGCGAGGGCGCGUACGGCUCCGUCUACGUUGUCAAGUACCUUCCAUCGGGGGACCGUUUUGCGCUGAAGAUUUUGCAGAAGCAGGGUCUCUUCACAAGCUCUGGCAUCUACCCCGUCGCCUACUACGACGCAGACGGCGGCGCGUCACCGUCGGAGGCCGAUGGCGCGGAGCCGCACCCACUCGGUGGGGCUCCUGUCCCCACGAUGGCUACUCUGGCCAAGACCUUUGAGCAGCAGAUAAUCUCCGAGGCGAUGGUGAUGCAGGCCCUCGAGCACCCUCACGUUGUGAAGUUCUACAAGUUUCUGAAUUCCACGACGGCCUUUUACUUUGUGAUGGAGCUGGCGGAGGGUGGGAAGCUGUUAGACUUGAUUCUCUCCAAAAGCUAUUUGGCCGAGGACGAGGCGCACAUCUACUUCCAGCAGCUCAUCUCUGCCAUCGACUACUGCCACCGCAACGGGGUUGCGCACAAGGACUUGAAGGCAGAGAACUUGCUGCUGAGCGACGACGGCCGCCUCUUGGUGUGUGACUUCGGCUUCUCCUCAAAAAUUGCCAAGGAGAACAUCGACGACCCGGAGCAGACAAUCGGCACGGGCGGCAACGCCGCUCUCCUCGACGCCAUUAACAACGGAGGCAUGUUCGGGACGCUGCACUACACCAGCCCGGAGGCAGUGAUGGCGUCCUCGCAGCAGUGGACGCUCACCUUUGCGGGCGACAUGGCGGUGCCGGCAGAGGCUUUGGGAAUCCCGGAGGACCAACAACAGGGUGGUCACGCUCGCUACUCGCCUUCUUCCGCGACACCCUGGUCCAGCUUCAGCACCUCGUCAUCCGCGGCGUCACACGCGUCGUCGUGCAGCGGCUCGUUGGCGCGAGGGUGGCGACGGAAGGCAGCAGAGGUGGUUACCUCAAAACACUGGACGGCGCGCGGCAAAGUCAGCGGUGCCUCCCUGCGCACGUCAAACAGCACCAAUGUGACAGACGAGGCAGGAGCGGCGCGCAAGCCAUCGGUGGAGAAGAGACGGCCGCAGCCUGAUUCUUUGACCUCACUGCCGUCCGCCGCCGAGGCCGCCGCCCCGGGCUCUUCUCUGCACCGCGCUGGUAGCACCCACAGCCUCGCCAGCGCCACCAACGGCCACAGACACAAAUGGGUGUUGCCCACUAGCGGGCUUAAUAAGGUCGGGGAGGGGCUUAGCAUCCUCGUAAAAUCCCUCAUGGGCAGCGGCAGUAGCAGCAGUGGCGGUCACCACCAUCGCCAUCGAAGCCGUGACUCGCAUGCGCGCAGCGGCCACGCUAAGUCGCCGCAAGAGAAGCAGGCAGCAAUAGUUGUGCCAUCAAGCGCUAAUGCCAAGGUCAAACAGAAGCGCUCGAGCAGCAGUGCCGCUCUUUCCGUCGGCGGAGAAGCGGAAGGGGGCACCUCUGUGGCGCAUCAGCCGCUGCAGCAUCUGCGCACCAACGCUUCCUCACAGGCGCGUGUGCCGCCGCUAUCCUCCGGUGCGUCGCCGUCCACGUCCCCCACCACCUCAUCCUUUGCGAGCCCACAAUUCCACGAGUCGGUGGUCGCGGCAGCAGCCUCUAUCGCCGGCUCCUCAAGCGCUACCGGGGCCGCAAAGCUCAGCAUGCUCUCUUCACUCGCCGGUAGCCCAACUGACUGGAAGUCUGCCAUCACGUCACCAGCACGCUACCGCCCAGGGACGAAGGACGGUAUUGCCGUUUCCGACGCCAACGCGGGUGACCUCGGUCCUUCCGCCACGGCACUCGACAGGGAUGCAGUGGGUGCGCAGCCGCUGCCUCUGCCGCUACCACAGACAACCGCCUUGACGCUGAAUGCGCCGAACUCGAGGAGCGCGUCACCGCAGGCCUCCCAUCACGGUCACCAGGCUCAUGAGCACAAGCAUCACCAUCACCGCCAUCGGCAGCCGCAGUCCAACAGCAGUAGCCAGAUUUUGGGCACUUCGACGCCAUACAAGUCGCAGCCCAUCAUUGUGGACCCUUUUCAGCAAGACUUGUGGAGCGCCGGCGUCAUUCUCUUCUUCAUGCUGACCGGCCGGUUGCCCUUCGAAGGCCGAGACGAAGAGGAGACCCUGCACUUGAUUCAGGUGAACGAGUUCGCCUUUGACGACGAGGAGGCCCAGCGCAUCUCACCGGCCGCGCGGAGGUUGGUGGCACAGAUGUUGGCCCCAGAGCCAACGGACCGACCCACCAUCGAGCAGAUUAUCACAAACCCAUGGUUUAUGCGGGACUUGCAGAUCGAGAAGGACUUCCCGCACCGCAAGGACCUGAUGGAGGCGUUGGGCAGCGCGAGGCCGGACUCGGCACUCCGGCACCCUCUCCCUCAAAAGUCUGCCAAAGGAGCGGGGCUCGCGGCGGACGGAUGCGUGGGGCCCAGCGGGGCCGCCGUCCGCGGCAGCGACGCAAGCUCCUGGAUGAGCACCAGCCAUGGCGUGUCCGGUUCUUGUGGCAGCAACGCGGCCAACGCUGUUGCAGUGUCGCCUUGCUUCCACUCCUUCGCCCCUGACGUGCGCGCGCCUGUGCCGCUGGUGCCGCCGCGCAUCACCUCAUGCAACACAGGACCGUCUGCACAUCCCGGCGCGCCCAGCAUCAGCCCCGGCUCCGACCAGCACCGCGACGCUUUCGCACCCACGACCUGCAACUUCUUGGACUUCUCUACGCACCACUCCGUCACCCCAGAGGAGGAGUGGGCGCUCGAGACAGCAUUUCGGAAGGUGGACUUGGACGGCUACGGCUGCAUCACGCGGGACCAGGUGCGCGACAUGCUCACGACCCUCCACGGUGACGUGGUCCCAACCGAAGACGUCGACGAGCUUGUGCGUCUCUUCACUGGCGAUGCGAGUGCCGCUAGCAUCACCUUCCAGCAGUUUCGCGAUGCGUGGGUGCGCAAGGACCUGGCCCACAUACCCUUCACUCACAACAGCGAGUUUCAGCUGGCCAACAUCAUUGAGACGGAGAUGGGCGCGGUUGAGCGGGAGGUGGUGCGGCAGCUGAGGACGGCGUUCAACAGCCUCGACGAGAACCACCGCGGCGUCAUUCAGCUCCAUCAGGUGCAGCGCAUCUUUGAAAAGUGUCACAUAGCUGUGCACAAGGAGGAGUGUCUCUCCUUUAUCAAGUACUUCCACGAGACAGAGCUGGCUUGCUGCCAUAAUCGGGCUUCCCUCUAUUCGCGGCGGUGGGGGCCGGCGCCCAGCACGAUGAGCCUCUUGCACGCCUCUGUGGCAGCAUCGCCGCGGAGAUGUGCAAAAGUCCAUCCGCUGCCCACCGCGACAGGCGCCACGCAGGGCGGGAGUCCAGCGACGACGCACGACGGCGCCACCACACUCAAACUGCCGCCCGAAAAGGGCGAUUCUGACACCGCCACCACCACCACCGCUGGCGGCACAACCUCCAGCGGCUCGCCGGUCACGUCCCAGGGGGCGCCGAAAUCCCCCUUGUCGCCGUCUUCCAUCACCGUCUCCUUCAACUCUUUCGUGCGCGGCAUCGUGAAGAGCGACAUUCUGCUGAAACACCCCCUUGGGCGCCGGCUGGCUGCCGCCACGAACCUCGCCGCGCUGUUUCAGUCCCGCAACGUGAUGGAGUGCGUGCGGCACGGCUUUCUUGUCGCUGGUGUGCAGAACGUCAUUUUGGCGAAACUGGCAAGCAUGCCGGAGCGACUGCAGCUGUUGUACUCAGACGAGGUGGCCUCCAACGCUGAGAACGUCUACUCGUUUCGGUACCUGGGUUCCUCGGCGCUGGUGACGGGGGCCACGACGAGCACGGCGACACCGCCGAUGUCUUCGCCGCUGGUGGCCAUGGCGGCGAGCGCAGGCCCGGCGACGACUAGCUUUCCUCUGGGAUUGCAAGGCAGCUGUGCGGCUCAGCACCGCACCCACGCCACCCCGGCUGUGUCUUCACUGCAACGACGCACUGUCAGCUCAGAUGCUGGCAAUGGCGCAACAGGCAGCACUGCGGCGACGAUCAACGCUGGCACCCACCCCCAUAACCCCAGCCCUUGCUUCUCUGGCCGAAGCAUCGUGCGCUCACGCGCCACGUGCACGAAGCCGUCGUCUGCCAGCCCCCACACUCUCGCGCGAGCAAACUCACACCGUUUUGCGGUACACUUCCCUAGCCCAGAGAAGACCAGCGGCAGCACGCUCACAAGUUGCAGCACCUUCUCCUCGCAGUCGCAACGAAGCCCCACUGUGUCGAGGCAUCGUUCGUCAAGCCGCCCCCGAGCGACGGGCGGCGCCACUGCACGCCCGAUGACAUCGAAGAGCGCUAGCGCCAGGGAAACGGCUUCAAGCCACUCCGUUGUCCUUUCCUGUCCCUCCAACUCGCUGCAACACUCCCCGACGUGGCUUUGCGCUCGUCGACUGCAUCUGGGCGAGCAGGACGCGCACACCGACCCUCGCCACGACACGGGUCUCGGCAGUGACGGCGUUUGUGGCGACACACAAAGCUUCCCUUCCUGUCCGCACAACAGCUCCUCCGCCGUGAGCACCGCCAUCGGCGACACUCAUAGUAAGCGCAGCCGCGCUGCCCUCUCCUCCGGCGUGGGGGAGGAACUCAGGGGCACGAACAUCACACCGGCAAUUGGUGAGCGGCGGAGGGUCAAGGAGAAUGUCACGCAGCUCCCCUUCCCCUCCAUCACAAGCGCGGUCGCCAUCCUGCCGACGACGUCAGCGACUCUGGCACCUCGAGCAAUGGCCUACAGCAGGAGUGACGCGGUGGCGCUGGUGAAUGGCGUGUGCGACAUGGACGUUAUUCUGUCGCCUGCCAGUCUGGGCUACACGAUGGUGCAGUUCCGCUGCGUUCACGGCAAAACAAGCGACUUUCACGAAGCCGUGGCAUUUAUUUCGAAUGUCCUCGAGAUGGAGCGAGAGCAGGCGAUGCUAGACACCAUGACGCGCGGAGAGAGUGAGCUCAUGUGA